GAUAAUAACGGAUGACUAUGAACGUUGUGCAUUAAAUAUUGUGCACACUUGUUUUAUUAUAGUCGUAUACUCGUAUUGUCUAUACAUAAUAUAUUAUUAUUGUCGUUUGUUUUUUAUCUGUUAAACCGUUUCCUAUGACUUGCACUAUUUUCGAUUUCGACACACUCUACUACUGCGGUUGUCUGUAGUCGUUGUCACCCAAUUUAUAAAUCGUAUUUUAUUGCCACGACCGUUGUGUACUUGUGUGGUGCACAAUGAGUGCAUUAAAACGUUUAUGUCUGCUGCUGACCACUGUAUUUACAAUUACAGUCACAUUGGUCCAAUGCGAUGGUGAUUUGCUCAGGGUGAAACUCCACAAAAUCGACAGUGUGCGUAAUCAGCUCAGAGGGAGGACUUCCAAUUUGUUUGGCUUUGUUCAACGUCGCUACGAUCCUCUCAAUGCCGAACCAUUGUCCAACUAUUUAGACGCUCAAUACUAUGGACCGAUUACUAUCGGAACUCCUCCUCAACCCUUUAAUGUGGUAUUUGACACGGGUUCGUCAAAUCUGUGGGUGCCAUCAAAACAAUGUAGUGUUUUGAACAUAGCAUGCAUGUUACAUAACAAAUAUAAUAUGGCCAAAUCGACUACAUAUCAAAAGAAUGGAACCGAGUUUUCGAUUCAUUACGGAUCUGGAAGCUUAUCGGGCUACUUGUCUACUGAUGUCAUGUCUAUGGAUGGAACGUCUAUCGUUAAUCAAACUUUUGCUGAAGCAAUCCAAGAACCAGGAUUGGCUUUUGUUGCUGCCAAGUUUGAUGGAAUACUUGGUUUAGGAUACAACACAAUUGCUGUCGAUGGAGUCGUUCCUCCGUUCUACAAUAUGGUUAAUCAGGGCAUUAUUAAAAGUGCCAUAUUCUCAUUUUAUUUGAACAGAGAUCCGUCCAGUACUCCAGGUGGUGAAAUAAUAUUUGGUGGAUCCGACCCUGAAAAGUAUACUGGACCCUUUACCUAUGUUCCCGUUACCAGACAUGGUUAUUGGCAGUUUGGUCUAGAUGAAGUUAUUGUUGGCAAUACAUCAAUUGUGAGUGGAGCCCUUCAAGCAAUUGCUGAUACUGGCACCAGUUUGAUUGCUGGACCCGUUGACAAUAUUAAACAAAUUAAUGAGCUUCUUGGUGGAACUGCCAUACCGGGAGGAGAAUAUAUUAUUGCAUGUGAUCAAAUUGAUAAUUUGCCUGUUUUGUCAUUUGUAAUUGGUAGCACAACAUUUAAGCUUGAAGGAAAAGACUACAUACUGAAGGUGUCUCAAUUUGGAAAAACCAUUUGCCUAUCUGGUUUUAUGGGUAUUGAUAUUCCUCCUCCAAAUGGUCCAUUGUGGAUAUUGGGAGAUGUCUUCAUCGGUCGUUAUUACACCGAAUUUGAUCUAGAAAACAACAGAGUUGGUUUUGCCAAUUGCAAAUAAGAUGCUUGUAAUCAAUGUGUACAAUAACCAAACUUGGUUUGGUAUGCAGAAAUUAAUGAACUGAAUAAGCAAAGCUAUAUUUUAUUUUAAUGUUUUAAUAUUUUUUUUUUUAUAAUUAAAAAUUAUCAUUGAAAUAUUAAAACUUUCAGACUUUUUAGUCAGGGACGAUUUUUAAAAUAAGAGGAGGGGUGUAGUCUAUAAAAUGUUCAUCUAGAUUUAGAAUUUUUAAUUUUUAAAUGUCGGACCAAAUUGCAAAUCCUUAUUAAUAGUCUAAUAUGCUGCAAAAUAUGGGUGUUUCUCAACCCUCCUCUAAUUUGUCCCUGUUGUUUGUGACACUUGUCACUUUUUAUGUUAUAUUAAGACUAAUAAUAUAUAAUUUUCUGUAUUUAGAAAAUAUGUUAAAUAAAUUAUAUAUAAUAUGUAAUGAGUGUUUGUGAAACAAAAUUUAAAUGUCAAUAAAAUAAAUAUAUUAUAUCCAAUA